GCUGCUAGUUGGCAGACUCCUACUGCUACAACACGAACCCGCUUGCUCCAGCAAAGAUCAGCUAGAGCAAGGAUCCACAACGACUGUCCCGGUGUUUUAGCUUGGAACUGGACAUCUGUCAGGCCUCGUUGGCGUUUUGUCCCGGGCGAUCCCCAGCAGCAGGAGUCAUGGUGAAGAAGAAAGGAAAGUCGGGGCGGACGAGCCUGAAGCAGAAAUACAAGAUCAAGAAGAGGGUCGCUGAGCAUCACCGCAAGCAGAAGAAGGGCGCCAAGAAGAACCCCACCACCGGCCGCAAGGUGAAGGACCCCGGAAUUCCGAACUCGCUCCCCUUCAAGGAAGAGGUCCUGGCCGAAAUCGCGUUUGCGAAAAAACGUGUCGAGGAUCGCAAAGUUCUCGCCAAGGAAAAGCGAAGAGCGGAGAUGAUGAAGAGGAGAGGGCUCACUCCAGACGGUCAGACGCUGGAGGGGCUCGUGUCCGGUGCGGAGAAAUCCCAGGAGGAGUUCCAGAAGGUCGAGUCGGGAAAAGUCGUGGCGGAGCACCAGGAUGAGGACGCAAGUGUGCGGCACGGCCAGAGCUCAAGAAGGGCCUACUUCCGCGAGCUGAAAAAGGUGGUGGAGACGGCGGACGUCAUUCUAGAGGUUUUGGACGCGCGGGAUCCACUGGGCAGCCGCGCUCAGGCGGUAGAGGCGGCAGUGCUGUCGAAAGCCAGCAAGAAGCUCGUGCUCGUUCUCAACAAGGUGGACUUGGUGCCGAAAGAUGUGGUCGCGAAGUGGCUCAAGCACCUCCGACGGUCCUUCCCCGCUAUCGCUUUCAAGGCCUCCACGCAGGAGAGCUCCUCCUCCAUCAAGCAGACCAAGGGCUCAGCCGAUAAGGCUGCGGAUGGAAUGCUCAACCGGUCGGGCGCGGUGGGCACGGAGGCCCUGAUGGGCGUGCUGAAGAACUACUGCCGCAGCCUCAACCUCAAGACGGCCAUCACCGUGGGGGUCAUCGGGUACCCCAACGUCGGAAAGUCUUCCCUCAUCAACUCGCUAAAGAGGUCGAAAGCGGUGGGUGUGUCGGCGACGCCGGGCUUCACGAAGUCCAUGCAAGAGAUACACCUUGACAAGACGGUGAAGCUGCUGGACUGUCCGGGUAUCGUUUUCGACGACUCGGACGCAGGCGCGACCCUCCUCAGAAAUUGUGUGGACGCGGAGGCCAUGACGGACCCCACGCCGGCGGUCGCUGCUGUCCUCAAGCGCUGCGCGCCGGCGCAACUGAUGCAGGUGUACAGCAUCCCUCGCUUCGACCCGGACGACGCCUUCGCCUUCUUGUCUCUCGUCGCGAGGAAGAUCGGCAAGCUCAAGAAGGGCGGCGUUCCGGACAGGGUGCAAGCGGCCAAGGUCGUGCUGAGGGACUGGAACACGGGGAGGGUACCGUUCUUCACUGUGCCCCCUGAGGACGGCAACGGGGGGGGUGCUGCAGGGGCCAAGGCCGCCGAGGCGAUGUUCGUGGAGGGCUUCGGAAGGGAGUUCGAUGUCGAGGCCGGGGACGCCGAGGUGCUGGGCGGCCUGCCCGAAAGAGACCCGAUGGACUUCGUAUCCAUGGAGGCGGAAGAGGUUUCCAACGGGAAGAGCUGGGCGGAACGGGAGCAAGAGCUCUCUGCCGACAAUGAUGGCAUGGACGAGGACGAUGACGAAGAUGGAAAUAAAAAUGACGACGAGAGCAUAGAGGAACAAGAGAGUGACGACGACGAUGACGAUACGGCCACAACGUCCAACAUGACAGAAGCGGUAGCGGCACCGGGGAACGACGGAGGCAAGAACGACAAGAGGGCCGCACCCAGAGCGGCCCUUGAUGCUAUGCUUGCGGGAGACGCGGCCAUCAACCCCCAGGUUAACCGCUCGCUGAAGAAGACGAGAAAGGCCGACAAGAAGAAAGCGAGGAGAGAGAUGAAGCGGGCGUCGCUGUCGCCGGGGAAGGGUGGGGAGGCCGUUGGGGGUGCGUACGACUUUUCGAGGGAUUUUUAUGCCGGCGGUGAGCAGGCUGCUGGAGGGGGCGCGGGGGAGCUUAGCGACGAUGACGAGCUGUGAUCGGUUUGAUAUGUUCAUUCAUUGUGUUGGUUUCGUUGUUGUUCGACGAGGAUUGACGGGUUGUGCGCAGCAGUCGCUCGCGCGCUGGGAGCUUGGUCCGGUGUUGGCUGACAUGUUCAGUGACCGGAGAUCGACAACCUGUUCGGUUAACGUUAGAGACCCAGACUGCACUUUUAUGGCGUGUACUCGUAGAGUCGCAGAAGUGGUCUGACAGCUCGAUCUCGAGUCUGUCGAGAAAGAGAAAGGCCAUAAAAUUGUGCUACCGUGUGCAGACGAAUUUCCUCGUGUCAUCGAUGUCGGUGGAGUGAAGGACAUUUGAACAAUGUUGUAGGGCGUCUCUCGCGCACGGUCGAGGUAAUGCAGUCAUUCCGUGAGCACGGGUAACCUCCCGCUCACAAGUCCAAGAGCAUAAGAUCCACACUGAAACCGAUGAAGGCGGUAGGAGGGUGCGUGUUCGUUCUUCACUGGGUGGCUGCAAGCACCCGUAGGGACUCACUCCCUUGUUCAACCACAGGUCGAGGUAGUGCCCGUGGAGAUAUUCAUUUUACAGUACUCAUGUUCGCCGGUUGAACUUGAACAGUCGACAGCUGUAGCGUUUCCGGGUGGUUUGUGUCGACGAACGCUGGGUAGGCUAUACACGCAUGCGGUUGCGUGGUACGGUCUCUCUCUCUCUCUGUCUCUCUAUCUCGCUUACGGUGCGCUGUUCUCUGCGCAGGAUUUUUAGCAGACGGGGACUUUUCGCCAUGGCCGCUGCUUUUCGACUGAGGUGACGGCUUCGGAGAGGAUUUUUGUUUGCCAAUGCGCGUCUCUGAAGCAGGCCACUUUCCAACAGACUUGGAUCUGUGAUACCGAUAUCACAGGAGAGAGCGUUACUUUCUUUUUGACUUGCCAAAGUGAACCAUUUCUCUACAGUAAAUGAAUGCACGGGUUGGAAUUGCGUUCCGUAGACGGUGAGGUAGAACACGGCACAAACGCAGAUACAACCUAGAACACUAGUACAUCCAAUCCGAACAGGAUUGAUUUCUUCUGCGGAAAAAAAACAAUGACCGCGGUCGAUUUAUCUCAGGUCGCGAAAGCUACGAGUAGGGUUGUCAUCCGGCUGCGUCAUAACGGGGUACCCGGACCGGGUACCCGAUUUUGAAAAUACCCGGCCGAUUCCGGGUCAUAAUUUUGAUACCCGGGUAUUUUCGGCAAUAUUAUACCCGGGUACCCGGGUCACCCGGGUAUCUGGCCUUUUCGAUACACAGCGCCCCCAAAUGUCACGAACAGGCUGCCCACUGCCCACACACCCACACAGCUCACAGGUACCCAGUUGCAAAUACCCCCCCACAGCAUACCCUUCCGUGUCCUGCUUCUCUGUUUUUUUUCCUUCCGUGUCCUGCUUAUCUAUAUUUUCUGUUUUUCCUUAUCCUGUUUGUUGUUCCUUUUGUGUCCUACUUUCCUGUUUUUCCUUCUGUGUCUUGCUUUUCUUUUUUCCCGCCGGGUUCGGUCCUAUCUUUCAAACUUCUUUGCCGGUACUUGGUGUCGUUUUU